GUUUGCUCUGUGUCUGUGUUGAUAAGUAAAUAUUUGCUUGCUGCUCGGUUGGAAAUAUUUCAGCUGACACGGCACUUCCCCCAAAUAACCACAAAGUGCCCACUCAUGCUCUAGUCAAGUACAAUGAACAUAUCCGGUUUGCUUACAGGGUACGGUAGAGUCAAACUAGGAAUUUGCAGUUUUAACGAAACAGUACACCGUGGGAAAAACUUUGCUCGAACUUACCAGGCAGUAAAACUAACCAACAGAGCUAUGUCUUCAAAACAAGGUGCACCAUCCCUUGCCAGUGCAGAUGAACAGGAUAAAUUUAUCACAGAUGUGUUUGAAAUGUGCAUGAAGAGAGUUGUGCAGGGCACCAGGGAUAGAAACACUCCAGUCGUGAACUUUAAAACUCCCGAAGAGUUAAAAGAACUCGUUGAUUUUGAUCUUACAACCGAUGGUAAUCAUCGAGAGGAUCUCCUCUCUUUGUGUGAAAAGGUUUUUGACUACAGCGUGCUUACGGGUCAUCCACGUUUCUUCAAUCAACAGUACGGAGGUUUAGAUAGUUAUGGAGUAGCUGGAAGUUUUAUAACAGAUGUAAUUAACGCAAAUGGACACACCUUUGAGAUUGCUCCAAUGUUCCUAAUGACUGAGGUUGCUGUACUUGAACACAUGUUAAAGUUCGUGGGGUACACUAAUGGAGAAGGAACAUUUUGUCCUGGUGGUUCCUACUCUAACUUUUUGUCAAUGAACAUGGCUCGCUUGUGGAAGUUUCCGGAAACGAAAUCGACAGGCAUCUACGGACUUCCAAAACUUGUUUCAUUCUGUUCGGAACAGGCUCACUACUCAGCAAAGAAAAAUUCGACUUUUCUUGGUUAUGGAACCGACAACUGCUGGGUUGUAAAAUGUGAUGACAGGGGAAAAAUGAUUCCAGAAGAAUUUGAAAAAUUGGUUCUUAAGUGCAAGGACGAGGGUUCAGUCCCAUUGUUUGUAACAGCCACAGCUGGUACCACUGUGCUUGGUUCAUUUGAUCCAUUCAAUGAAAUUGCUGCAAUUUGUUCCAAGCAUAAGAUAUGGAUGCAUGUGGAUGCAGCAUGGGGUGGAAGUGCUCUCUUGUCAAAGAAGUACAAACAUCUAUGUGACGGCGUCCAUAAAGCUGAUUCACUAGCAUGGAAUGCACAUAAAAUGAUGCAAGCCCCACUUCAAUGCUCUGUUGUGCUAUUUAAAGAAAAGGGUUCACUUGAAAGAGCUCACUCUCUGAAUGUUCCAUACCUGUUUCAAUCUGACAAACCGUACGAUGUCAAAUAUGAUCUUGGACGAAAUUUGCUGCAGUGCAGUAGAAAGUGCGAUGCUUUAAAGUUAUGGCUCAUGUGGAAAGCAAAGGGAGAUGCAGGGUUUGAACGCCAGGUUGACCAAGCUAUGGCAAACGCCCAGUAUCUUACAGAACAAAUCAGAAAAAGACCGGAAUUUGAACUCGUUAUUCCACAUCCUGAAUAUACAAACGUACCAUUCUGGUAUAUUCCACCAAGUUUAAAAGGAAAGGAAAAGAAUGAGGAUUAUUUUAAACAACUUGCAAGUAUAAUACCAACAAUUAAAACAAGAAUGCAGAAGAGUGGCACCCUCUUAGUGGGGUAUACACCCGUUGGGAAAAUUCCUACUUUCUUUCGAAUGACAGUCAUGAAUGACAAAGCAAAUUUCUCAGACAUGGAUUUUGUGUUGGAUGAAAUAGUAAAGAAUGGAAAAGAUUUAUAAACUUAAAGAUAAUUUGUCGCGUGUGUGUUAAACUUAGUAAUUGAAACCUUAAUUGUCAUUUAUUGCUCUAGGUUUAUUCAAAGAAUCGACCAGAAAUGCUGGUUUUUUAAGUGUUUCAAAUUUUAGCCAUCCAGGUAGUCUUAAGACACUUUUAACUUUUAUUUUAAAAGCUUUGGUUUUAGAAUUUUACCCUUGGCUAAAAUUUUUUAUAUGUUUGAUUAUAUGCUUUAGAAAUAUCAUGUUUAUUUAUUUUAAGUGAUGUUAAAAAACAUUAAUACUACACACCAAGUUUCGUUACUUAAUACUUACAGUACAAAUUUCUUGUAAAAUAAUAUAGGUAUUAAUUGUUUUAAAUUUACGUGUUAUAUCUUUGUCUGUAUUUUGUUCUCAGAAAGUAUUACCUUACACCAGCAGUGCUUUAAGGGAAUUUUGCACUCAUUAUAAUUAUGUAUUUUGCAUUAAUUUUCUUCAUAGAGUUGAAUUUUGAUCAUCACUUAUGAUUAGUUCCAUUUUUGUGCAUUUAUUGUUAACUUGCUAUGUUUUUAAUUAUAUUCAAAUUAAUUGACUGGAGUGAAAAGUACUUGUCAGGGAAACAUAGGGUAUUUGUUUCCGCUACCACAAAUAAAUAGCAUGAGUGUUUUUA